AUGGCCGAGCUCCAGCCGCGGUCCGGGGACGCGUCCCUGGCGCUGAGCCGCGGCGCCGCGGCGGCCACGGCGGGCCCGGCCUGCGGGGCGCGGGGGCCCGAGGCGGCGCGCGGCGACGCCCCCGCGGGGCCCGCGCCCCGCGCCCCGGCCGCGGCCGCGAGCAGCGGCGAGCAGAGCGACGACGACGCGGCCUUCGAGCAGCGGCGGCGGCGGCGGCGGCGGGGCCCCGGGGGCGCGGGGGACGCGCGGCGGCGGCCCCGGGAGCAGCGCUCGCUGCGGCUGAGCAUCAACGCGCGCGAGCGGCGGCGGAUGCACGACCUGAACGACGCGCUGGACGGGCUGCGCGCCGUCAUCCCCUACGCGCACAGCCCGUCGGUGCGCAAGCUCUCCAAGAUCGCCACGCUGCUGCUCGCCAAGAACUACAUCCUCAUGCAGGCGCAGGCCCUGGAGGAGAUGCGGCGCCUCGUGGCCUACCUCAACCAGGGCCAGGGCCUGGCGGGCCCCGUGGCCGCCGCGCCCCUGACGCCCUUCGGCCAAGCCGCCGUGUACCCGUUCUCCGCGGGCGCCUCGCUGCCCUGCCCCGACAAGUGCACCGCCUUCUCCGGGACGCCCUCGGCGCUUUGCAAACACUGUAAUGAGAAGCCGUGA